AUGCCAUCUGGUCAGAGGUCACUCGGCGGACGUUUGAGACCUUAUAGUAACCCUCAACAACUCUUUAAUAGGUUCUCAAACGACGACAAUGAGACAGAUGAGUACGGCUGCGAUAGACUCAACCGCCAACGGCAACGCCUGGGCUUAGACGGAAAUUGCACUACUAGCCCUGGGGACACACAUCCAGAGAACUUCGUGUGGAGUAGGAUACGAUUAAUGCUCAGAGAACCAUUGCUCGAAUUUUGGGGCUGCUUCAUCAUGGUAUUGAUGGGAAAUUCCGUCCUUGCCCAAACCUACCUUAGCAAUCAGGAGUAUGGGAGUUGGAUUAAUAUUUGCUUCGGUUGGGCGUGCGGUGCUGCUUUUGGUAUAUACGUUGCAGGUGACUCCGGUGCUUAUCUGAAUCCGGCAGUGACACUUACCAAUUGUCUUUUUCGAGGACUGCCACUAAGACGUUUUCCAACAUAUGCCGCUGCUCAGUUGCUCGGGAUGUUCUGUGCUGCGGGCGUGGUAUACGCAAACUAUAUAUCCGCAUUCGAUAACUACGAGGGAAGAGGAAUCCGCACCAUUCCUCCAAGUAAGACAUCUAGCGCCAAGAUAUUCUGCACAUUUCCCGCAUCGUUCGUGCCCAAAGCGAGCCAAUUCUUUUCUGAAUACAUCGCCAACUUUGUCGUUAUGUUCUGUAUAUUCGCAAUGAGAGACGAGAAUGGGGCUCAUCUGAAAGGAGGCGGAUGGUCACCUAUCAACCCAGCCCGCGAUUUUACGGGGAGGAUAUGGCUGACUAUCCUCGGCUAUGAUGGCGCAUGGUCUGCCUUUGAUGUAUACUCUUGGAUUCCCGUUGUCGUACCGUUUAUUGCUACUAUAAGCGGAGCUAUUGCGUAUGACCUGUUUAUAUACACUGGGGAUAGCCCCAUCAACAGCUAUGGUUUAGGGCCUAAUAAUAUAUUUUCGAAAAUUUGUGGAAAGCCAAAGAAGCGGCAAGUGGACGAAGAAGAGAAUAGGGGGGCCGAUGAAUUCGAGGACAACGACAGGUUAAGACCUGCCGAAGAAAGAGGUAGAAUUGAAGGAAGCCAGGGAGGGUCGAGGACACAGUCGAUCACGAAUAAAGAUACGGGCUAUGAUAUGCCACAGGACGGCGAUCCAGGAUCUAUGGCUGGUUUUAGCGGAUCUAACAUCGAAUUACAAAACAAGACAAGUAAAAACAAAAGUUACGGCAACACUUAGAAAAAC